GAGCAGCGCUCCCGCAUGCACGCAAGCUCUGCAAAAGUGAGGAGGGCGCGAGGCGACGCACGCCGCGGGGAGUCCACAGAGGAGCGGACGUGGUGUGCGGGGAGCAUGUUCCCGGGCACGAGGACGCCGAAGUGCCAGCUUCGGUAGACGGGACGCGGCGAACCCGCCGCAGGAGCUGCCGCCCGCGGUGAUCCAGAGCACGCACGCCGCCGGAGAGCUCAUCGGAGGAGGAGGAGGAGGAGGUACGCUCAUGCGGUCUGACCACAACCGGGGACCCCGGAGAAGAACACCGACCGCCCCGGACGUCAACAAGUCCGCCGGGGUGCUGGGAGGAGAAAAUGGUCCGUGGUUACGGUGAGCAGGGGAGAUCGUCGCUGUAACUGAGAGAAGCAGAGAGAGACACACAGAGACAGAGGGGGACCAUGGCAGGGGUACACGCUUCGGAUGUGUUCUCGGGACAUUGCGUGGACCCCGCCGUCGGCGCUCCGCCGGCCCGCGGCGCGUCCAACGCCGCGGGGAUCCCCGGCGACUCGGCCGCGCUGACUCCCGCCGGUACCCGGGCGUACCUGGAGGUGUCGGCCUCUGCCCAGGGCGGCCCGGCCGAGAUACUUUACAGCAACGGACGGUACCGGGAGGACGGCAGUCCGAGGACCGGGAGCGGCUGCCGCGAUCGCUCCGCCGAGAGGAGCCAGGGAGCUGGAAACCCACCUUGUGGCAUCAUGAAGGAUGGUUCCAAACAAAGGCAGGUGAGGAAGAAAACGGUGUCCUUCAGCUCCAUGCCAAGUGACCGCAAGAUCAACAGCACAGCUGCUUGCAUGGCCUUUAUGAUGGAGGGUUGUGAGAUGAAGAAAGUGCGCUCCAACUCACGCAUGUACAACCGUUACUUCCUGCUCGAUCCAGACAUGCACUGGCUCCGUUGGGAGCCGUCCAAGAAAGAUUCGGAGAAGGCAAAACUGGAGAUCAAGGGCAUUAAGGAGGUCCGUUUGGGAAAGAAAACCCCAGUUCUGCGCAGCAAUGGUCUCUCAGAUCAGUUCCCCGAUGAAUGCGCCUUCUCAAUCAUCUAUGGGGAUAACUAUGAGUCAUUGGAUCUGGUAGCCAGUACAGCAGAUGUUGUCAGCACUUGGGUGAUGGGCCUGAGGUAUCUGGUGUCAUAUGGCCGGCAUACAGUGAACAUGGUGGAACCCAGCCAACCGAGCCUUCGGACGUCUUGGAUUGGUUCAGUGUUUGACCUAGCAGAUAUGGAAAAGGAAGGACACAUAGACCUGUUCAGGGCCACCCAGAUAAUCAAGGGGCUCAACCCUGGAAUGAAAGAGUCACGGAUAGAGCUUAAGUUCAAGGAACUCCAAAAAGCUAAGGACCAAUACGGCGAAGCGAUUAACAUGGACACCUUUGUGGAAGCCUACUGUGAGCUCUGCACGCGACCGGAGAUCUUCUUCCUUAUGGUACAGUUUUCCAGUAACAAGGAGUUUCUGGACAGUAAAGAUCUGAUGCUCUUUGUGGAUGUAGAGCAAGGCGUGGAAAGUGUAACAGAGGACAUGUGCAGGGAUAUUGUUCAGAAAUUUGAGCCAUCCGCUGAAGGUAGAGAGAGGGCCUACCUUUCCAUCGAUGGCUUUACACACUACCUCCUCUCCUCCAAAUGCCACAUCUUCGACCCCCAGCACAAACGUGUGUGCCAGGAUAUGACCCAGCCUCUGUCCCACUACUACAUCAACUCGUCCCACAAUGCCUCUCUCCUGGAAGAUCACUUUUGGGGUUCGUCAGACAUCAGCAGCUACAUCCGAGCCAUAAGAAUGGGCUGUCGGAGCAUUGAGGUCAUUGUAUGGGACGGCCCUGACAAUGAACCGGUGGUGUAUGUGGGUAGUUCUGUGGCCUCACAUCUUGCUUUCUCCAAAGUUCUAGACGUCAUAAACCAGUAUGCUUUUGAGAGCUCUGAGUAUCCCCUGAUUCUCUGCCUAGUGAACCACUGCUGCAUCCCCCAGCAAAAGGUCAUGGCCCAGCAUAUGAAGAAGAUUCUUGGAGACAAGCUGUUUGUUGAACCCUCCAACAAGGAAGAAAACUACCUUCCCUCCCCUGAGAAACUCAAAAGUAAAAUCCUCAUUAAGGGCAAGAGGCUCCCUCACAACUUUACUGACGCUGAAGGCGACGUGACGGAUGAGGAGGAGGGGCUGGAAAUGACUCGAAGAGUGGGAGCUGAUGAGAAAGACCAGUUGAAUGGCAUAGGUUUCAGAAGAUUCCGACUGUGCAGGGAGCUCUCUGAUCUUGUUUCUCUCUGCAGGUCAGUCCAGUUCAGGGACUUUGAGACCUCAAGGAGAGACCAAAAAUACUGGGAGAUUUGCUCCUUCAACGAGGUCGAUGCGAAUAGGUUUGCCAAUGAGUUCCCAGAGGAAUUUGUCUGCUAUAACAAGCGCUUUCUCUCCAGGGUGUAUCCCACACCUAUGAGAAUUGAUGCCAGCAACAUGAAUCCCCAGGAUUUCUGGAAGUGUGGCUGCCAGAUUGUGGCCAUGAACUACCAGACGCCAGGCCUGAUGAUGGAUCUCAACCUCGGCUGGUUCCGGCAGAACGGCAACUGCGGAUACGUUUUGCGUCCGGCAAUCAUGAGGGAGGAGGUGUCCUACUUUAGUGCCAAUGCUCGGGACUCGCUGCCAGGGGUGUCGGCUCAGCUUCUUCACAUCAAAAUCAUCAGCGGCCAGAAUCUGCCAAAGCCUCGCGGCUCGGCAGCUAAGGGCGAUGUGGUGGAGCCCUACAUAUAUGUGGAGAUUCACGGCAUCCCGGCUGACUGCGCUGAGCAGAGAACAAAGACUGUGUCUCAGAAUGGUGACAACCCUAUUUUUGAUGAGAGUUUUGAAUUCCAGAUAAAUCUACCGGAACUCGCAGUGCUGCGCUUUGUGGUGCUGGAUGACGACUACAUCGGAGAUGAGUUCAUUGGCCAGUACACCAUCCCUUUUGAGUGCCUACAGCCAGGCUACAGACAUGUCCCCCUGCAGUCUCUGACGGGAGAGUUCCUACCCAACACCACUCUGUUCGUCCACGUAGCCAUCACCAACAGACGGGGGGGAGGAAAGGCACAUAAGAGGGGCCUUUCUGUCAGGAAGGGUAGGAAGACCCGGGAGUACGCCACCACAAAGACCACAGGGAUCAAGGUGGUGGAUGAGCUCUUCCGAGCUUCCACCCAGCCCCUCAGGGAGGCUACUGACCUCAGAGAAAAUGUGCAGAAUGCUGUGGUGUCCUUCAAGGAGCUCUGUGGCCUGACCCCGGCGGCCAACAUGAAGCAGUGCAUCCUGACCGUGUCCACCUGGCUGAUGAACAGCGAGCGCUCACUGAGGGUAACGGUGGACCUGAGCGAGACUUACCCCACCAUGGAAGCUCAGGGUCCCAUGCCGGAGCUGCUGCGCAAGGUGUUCAACGCCUAUGACACGAUGAUCCAAACCAGCAGGACGCUGAUCGAGUCGGCGGACGUCGUCUAUUACAAGCUCACGCAGGCACAACGAGCAGGUCUGGACUUCCAUGAGGACCUGCAUCGCAUCGGGGCAAAGGAAGGUCUGAAAGGCCGCAAACUUCAGAAGGCCAUGGAGAGCUACGCAUGGAACAUCACUGUCCUCAAGGGCCAGGCCGACCUGCUGAAGCACGCUAAGAGUGAGGCGCUGGACACGCUGCGUCAGAUCCACUGUGCAGCUCAGUCCUGUGGCCUCAGUAAGAACGGCGCAUCCUCCCCACAGCUCCAGCACCAUCCUCCUCACCAAGUCCAGAUGCAGCAGCAGCCUCAGGCCGAAACGCACCCGCAGCCUCCCGCACCGCACCUGCCCCAAACGCAGGCAGCACCUCAGGCGUAUCACCACCCGCUCGCCCAGCAACAUCCCCAGCCACCAGUUCCGCUCCCUCCGGUUCAAACUGUUUCCAAACCCCCGGCCUACACUCAACCCCCGGCCCUGACCCAGCUCCAGUUUCAGUUCCAGAGCCAGCAGCAGAGGGCAGCAGGACCUCUGGACGCCAACCCCGCCAAGGGGACGGUCAGCGACGGCGCUGCUGGAUCCUGCUGACCUGCAGCCUGUGCCCACGGAGGAUCCUACCCAAAGAGAGACGGAGAGAUGGAGACGGAGAUGGACAAGCAGAAGACCGGAGGGGAAAAGCGGGAGGCCAGUAACGCGAGCGAAUUAGAGGAGUUGGCCGAGAGGGUUAAAGAGACGGCGGUGAUAAGGAAGACCCGUCGCGUCAGAAGCGAGACACGAGUCUGAGGCGACGCUCGAGUUGACGGGAGGAGAAGAGAGACGGAGAGGCCGUGAACUUCCAUCAAGCUAAACGUGAAUUUAAAUGUUCCAACGCGGGAUGGAAGCUGGAAAGGCAAUGUUUACUUGUCUCUGUCGUGCAUUUUGAAGGGAAUAUUACAUCUGAGCCAGGGAGUUUGGGUCUCUUCUGUCUUCUCUCUUGGGAAAAGCUAAAAGGGUGACAGCUGGUAGCAAACUCGCGACGGUUUACUCGGCGUAGGAAUCUGUUAAGCAGUUGGAUCAGUUAGAUAUCCCUGUCUCUCUCUGGGAAGUGCGAGUCACAUCCCCCUCCAUUGUGUACACUAGCUCUGUGGGUACAGGCUUUACCUCACGUUGGCAUUUUCUGCCACAAAUUUGCCUUUUUUAUUUCCAGAACCCUCUGCAUGUCUCUGACCUUUUAUUCCUUCACGUUCGCACUCUUCAUUCUUAGACAUGAAGCUAGACGCACGCCCUCACUCCUUUUGGACGGAGAGGAUUUUAAUUAGAGCAGCUCGACGAGGCUGAGCUCUGCAGCCGUCGUACGUGUUCUUAAUUCAGCACAAACCAGGAAGCUUUAGAGCCAAAAUAGAAAAUCUAACCGCAGCUUCGGCUGUGUUCAGUCACAUUCAUGCUCUUGUUUCAACGCUUGCUGGGGGCCGACCUCCAUUCAGCCCCACACGUCUCCAGUGUCAUUCCAGAGGAUUUAAGUUCUUCAGUAUCCAUUGACCCUCUCCACAGGGUCUCCUUACCCCCCCCCAACCCCUCUCAGGGGGCUGUGUGUGUGUGUGUGUGUGUGUGUGUGUGACGUUACGUGAAUCUGUGUUUUGGUCCCCCGGGAGGAGCUGACCCCGUGCCGGAUGUUGGCGGAAUUAGCCGACCAAUCGGAACUGGAAUGUUUGACCCUGCCCGUUGAGAGGUUCAAAGGUCAUGGUACUGCUGUGAAUAAACACAAGUUAAAGUGAAUAUAGAUGUAAAGUGUAUGUAAAAUGUACGAAAGGAACAUAUAUUGAUAUAAUAGUUCUCCAGACAGAUUCAUGAUUGAUAUUACAGUAAUUGUCGUUAGUUCUAUUGAUAUUCUGAUUAUUUUUUUUAGCAUUACUUCCACAUAUACAGUGAUUUGACACCUGUUGGAUCAGGAGAACCAGUGCAUGUGGGAGCGGAACAAGGGAUUACUGACAAGCGGCACAACCCGAGGGUCAAUCAAUCACCCAUCAUGUGUUUCACUGCAAAGUGAGUGUGGCUUCUUGUAAGAGCUCCUUUAAGUGGCCCAUUAAAACUGGCUUCAUUGUUUA